AUGUCUGGCUCGUCUCCUACUUUCUUCCCCGACGGUCACUUCAGUUCGAACGCCGAGGUCUCGCCUUCCCCCACCCCCAUCCCCGCCACCCCCGAGAUGAACCCCUUCGACGCUCGCAGGCGCACCAUUGACGAGAGCGAGGGAAACGGCUCCCCUGCCUCGGCUGCCGAGAGCGCUGCUUCGUCCCACCUUUCGCCUCUUGCGUCCCCUUUCGCUCCCACCCAGGCAGAGGAAGGUGAGGAAGGCAAGGAAGACAAGGAAGGCAGGCGCGAGCCCCAGGUCGCCACCGAGGCGCCCCGCGGCACCCACGUCCACCCAAAUGGCGGCGCCUUCCCCACUGUCCUCCAGGUUUCGGACCUCCACUGGUUCACCGUGGAUGCCGAGCUCGUCAGGAUCGCGGCUGCUGGCGCAAACGUCCACAUCACUGUCAAGGACGUUACCUUCCUCGAGCACAAGUGUAACGGAAAGAGCAAGGGCACGGCUUUCAUCAACUGCCACACUCCCGACCGCCUCAUGCGCCUCAUGAAGUGGUUCGAGACCCACGAGUACCAGGGCAAGCGCGUCACUGUCAACGUUGCGAACAACGUCAACGGCAAGCCCCCCAUUCCUCCUCCCACGCACGACAAGGACAGCGGUGGUGCCGUCUAUCGCACUUCUGACGAGGCUGCUCGCGGUCCCCUUCCCUUCCUGCCUACCAACUCGCACGGCGGCGUCAACUUCAACCGCGUCCCCCUCCACCACCGCCAGCAGAUGCAGCAGAUGCAGCAGGCGGGUUUCCUCAACCCGGGCGCGACCUUCGCCAAGGGUCCCAAGGGCGCUGCUGCCCACCACACGCCAGCCGCGCAGCACGCCGAGCUUGCUCGUGGCCAGUCGAACUCUGCCAGCCAUGCCCAGUACAGUGUCCCUGCCGACCACGUCCAGGUGAUCAACUGGCACCAGCCGCCCACCCAGACGCAGGGUGAGUUCCACCCUCCUCUCUAUGAACUGACAUCAGACAUUCGCCUCAUGAACACGGGCGUGGCCCACGGAAUCCGCCUCUGA